UUGUAGACAAGACCACCAUGUAUAUGCCUGUUUUUGCAGCAAAGACUGUAUAAUCUAAAGGAAUUCAGAAUUUUAUCUAAAACAUUUGUAGGGUAAACUGCAACAUUAACACACCACAUCCCCACACAUUUAAACAUGGCACAUACCCUAAUGUUUUCAAGAGUUUACAGGUUUAGCUCUCCAAAAGAUCAGUAAAUUAUUGGAUUAUGUGAUUGGCUAAAUAUAUAACACGGCAUUACUGUAAAACAAUAAAUACAAGCUAUUUUUGGAGAUAUGUUUAAUGUACAGCCAUGAAAUUCACAUUUAUCAACAUAAUGAAUAGCAGCUAGGUGUAUGAGUUGUUUUUUGUUAUGCAGAUAGUACAGGAUGAUAUAUCGGUCAAAAGCAAAGACCUUUACAAAGUAGUAACUCCAAAUAAAUGACUAGCUUGACAGGAGAUGGGUUUCAAGCUAAAAGCCAUCCAGCAAGACUAGAUGGUGCUUUGGGUUUUGGCAAUUAAUAUGAAUCACUAUGAUUACCCUAGAUGCAGACAUUUGCAGCCGAAACACACUGCAGAGGGCAAGUCAAAGUGUUAAGUGUUAAUGAUUUCCAUUAAAAAAGGGGCUAACAUGUUCUGCCCUGAAACACCAGACGGUCAAAAUGUCUGCCCUUAGGGAUGAAUCUUGAGAAAUUACAAAUUGAAUGUGAUUUUCUGCAAUAGAAAAGUAUUUAUAGUAUCUAUAACUAUUUCUUGAUUGGUGAUAUAUUAAAGUUUGGUCUCUUUCAACAGCUGGAUCUCCAUUAGUAGAGAAGAUUUGCACAAAUCAGCCCAUGUAAAACAAAACCAAUUGGGUUCCAUUUCUUGAAAAAAACAAAUCUGGAUUAUUUCUCAGUCCAAGACAUGGUUUCCUGAGUGGCCCUACCAGCUACACAUCACAAGGGGUAAAACCAGUCUAUCUUAGGCCAUGACUGCUCUGCUUCCCAACGUCAGUGUUCCUGGGAGCACAGCAGUUCUGCUGCCAACUACAGACUAUUCGUUUAACCUGACUGCAGUUUCUCAGGCAGGACUCGGUUCAGGCCAGUCACUGGCACCCCUCUGUACCCUCUGUUGCUGUGGAUUUCUCAAUCGCACCUUGGCAGUGGUGUUCAUGGUCAGCCUUGCAUUUGCCAUCGUGGUUGGAAAUGUGGUCACCCUUACUGUCUUUGUGCAAACGAGGCAGUCGCGAACACCACAGGGAUACCUAAAAGUGUCUCUGGCUAUGGCAGACAUGAUGGUUGGUGUCCUCGUAGUCCCUUUCUCUGUCUACACUGAGAUCUCUCUGAUGGUGACCAGCGCUCCUCCUAUUUGGUACCAGGGCAGUUCUACUUCCCUUGCCACCUCCUCUUCUCACAGCGGACAAGUGAGCCCUUGGCAGCCCUGCAUGUUGAUUGGCCCAGUGUUCGCUGGAUGCACCUUUGUUUCCAUCAGCACCAUCUUCCUCAUGACACUGGAGCGAAGUGUGGCCAUCUUACGGCCACUCCACAAGGAUGCCUUGGUGACACGGAGACGAACUCUGCUUCUCAUCCUGCUCUCCUGGGCUGCCAGCUUCCUGCUGGCUCUUGCGCCCCUCAUCUUCAGCAGCAACUUCACUUUGGAGUACAAUGAGUGCAGUCGUAUGUGUAACUACACCCCACUAUUGUUUGGAAGCCAGCUGCCACCUGAUGCCAACAUUUUGUUGUUAUUCCCAGCAUUUGACUUCACUCUGCUAGGUGGCACAUUAGCAGUUAACAUUGUGUCUUUCACUAGUAUCCGACGGUACACCCGAAAACGCAAACUGCUCUCAGAGGGGAGUCUGAGUGAUGGAGGAGGACAAGGAGGAGGUAGUGGAGGAGGAGGAGGAGGAGGAGGGGGAGGGUGCCCUCACAGGCCCUCCUUUUCAGACAUCAAAGCUGCCAAGACAAUUGGCAUACUAACAUUCGCCUUCACAGCAUCCUUCUCUCCGAUCGCAGUGUUUGUGCUCGGUAACGUGGUGGGAUACACCUGGUGUAACUUUUCCUUUUUUGCCUUCUGGAUCCUGACAGGAAACAGUUGCUGUAAUGUCAUUAUCUACAGUGUCAGGGACCACCGCUUCAGGAAGGGUGUGACCCUGCUCUUUCAGCGAGAACAGUCCCCCCCACAUGGUGAGAAGACCUGAGGCAUUGAAACAGCACAUUCAAACAGCAACAAGCGAAUGUUUUGUGGCUGCUUUCCAGUAAGUUUGAAUUUAAUGGAAUAGUUUGGCAUUUUGGGAAAUAUGCGUAUUUACUUUCUUGCCAAAAAGAUAGAUGCCACAUCUCUAUGGUAAAUAUGAAGCUGGAACCCUUGGCUGGUUAGCUUAGCUUAGCAUGAAAUCUGGAAAUAAGGGGACUACACUGGCUAUGUCCAAAGGUAACAAAUUCUGCAUCUCAUUAUUUAAAUGAGAUCUAUUAUACUGCAUUUCCAGUCCUAUAUUGUAGUUCUGUGACUCCUCUAUGGUAGCUUUGCAUGAUUCAAAGAAAACAUUUUUCUUUCUUAUACUGGGACUUCAUGCAGGCCCUGUCUGAAACAAGCUGUAGAUGCUCCUGUCUCUUUAAG